CUCAAGGGCCAGCUCAAAUGUCUCCGAGUGCAGCUCCUUCAAUGAAAAAGAAAAUGCAAAACAAGAAAGUGAGUUCGAUCAUCAAAGUGAAGCGCCUUUUGUUUAUGCAAUCAUGCACCAAGAGAAACAGGAGGCUUUGGCAGAAGCGAAAGCGUUGGUGAUAGGGGACCACGUGCAAGAAGUCGACGACGAUUGGACUCCUGACGUGGAUGCAUUUUUCGAGAAGUUUCCCGACAUCGCGGGACACGAUCGGCCGACGACAACUGCUUUGGUGGAUCGUGUCUGCCAGGAGCUUAUGGUUCGCACCGGCGAACCCGCGGGCGACGUUCCCGAGCGGAUCUACCAAAAAUGCAGCGAGGCGCUCAGAAGGAACAAAGGCUUUCUAGCGCAUUUGUUCACCCAUGCAAGCAAAGAGAAUGGAUCAGAGGUAAGAGCAUUGCUGUUUGCUAUAAGCAAGUCGCACACUCCCUUGUCUUUGCUGCUUGUUCGCUAGUACAACUUUUGCAGCCAUUUCUUGGCCUCGUGAGUGCCUGCAGACUCGCGACAGCCGCUGCUGUUUGUUUCAAAGCCAGCAAAACAUGAGGGCCAGCAUUUUCCCAAAAUUAAAACAGCUAUACACGGUGCUGUCCGAGGAGCAGAACGAUGAUGACGAUCUGGUGACGCUCGCUGUAAGGAUGCAUGAAGCCGCGUUUUUGAACGCGAGUCAACGGCUGCAACACAAGCCCAGCAUCGUUCUCGAGGCUCUGGAUAGUGGACACCAGAGCAGGCCGCACGAGGGGGGUGAUGUCCUCGAUCGGCUUUCCGAAGGGUUGCGUUCUGAUAAAUUCUUUGCGCGAGACGUAAUGCGCCACAGCGAGCACCUUAUGCCGAGAGAUCGUGCCCCGGGCACCUUUCUGGAUUAUUUUGACCCCGCUCUUCGUGCAGACGAGGAUGUUGUGGCAUCAUAUUUAAGCAACUCGGCGUUUGUGGACAGAGUUGCCUCGCCACUCAUGGAAUCACGCGACUUCGUGAUGGAUCACCUACUCGCGCCCAUGUGUCGCGAUGUGCACCUGGUGGAGAGCUUCUUUUCAUGUGUGGCAUGUGCCCGUUAUCGAAGCGACCGAGAACUAAUGCGCGAACUCAUCAGAGCAAACGGCACAAAUUUUCGCUUCGCCUCUCCGGAAUUGCGGGAGGACACAGAACUGCAGCUUUUGGCUUUAGCAUCCGAAGCAGUGAUGUGCGCAGGUUCGCACAGCAGCCGCAGCAGUGGCGUCGAGGAGGCUGAGGGGGCACUUACCGAAGCGGUUGCGAACAAAAUCGAGCGGCUGUAUCUCGAACAAAAUCGAGCGGCUUACUUGUCGAAAGUGUACAUGCGCUGCCCGAUGAUGGCUGCGCGUUUAGCUGGGUGGCGUUACGCAUCACGGCAAGGUUUGGUUACUGUCAUGGCUAUUCACCGCAAGAAAGUCCUUGCCCGCGAAUGCUUUGGAUUGGUAGCAGCCGGCGCAAGUUCCCGAGGCGUCGACGGUAUUUGCUUGGACGGUUAUUUGUGGACGUUUACCCGCCUAGGCAGUUCCAGUCGAGGAGCAACACCCAGCACAAAUCCAUUCGAGGUUUUGGGUGUAUAUUCCCCUUCUGCACCGUUAUUGGUGAGCUCAAUGCCGCCGAAUGCGGACCCAAAAAUCAUCGCGAUGCGGCAGCGAGCGAUAGACGCCGCACGCGGCCAACUUGCCCCUGCUUCCGAGACUGGCAAUCCGGGUGGUGGGCAGACUGGAUCAUCCGCUAAGGUAGUGCUGCCAAGAAACCAGUACGAUCUUCGCCAAGGCAAUCCAAGACUAUACCGGAUCGAAGUCCUAGCACGUGAAGGUCUUUCGGGUUUGGCUAGUCCUAGUCUGACCCAAUUUUGUGUCACCCCCGGGCGCCUGUCGCACUACGAGGAAGAACAACUAGCAGGAUUGUGUAAGGACGCAGGCCACUUAUUGGUGGUAAAUGACAGAGGCAUACACCAUCCCUGGAAACGGCCCCGGUCCCCGGCAACACGGCUAGCUAGCAUCGCUGAUAGGAUUAGCGACUGGGGGAGGUGUCCCUAUGCACUUCCAGUAUCCCUGCGCGACGAUGAAGAGUUCGUCUGUGAUCUUCUUCGUGCCGGCUGGUUCGGCGCUUUUUUCUUUGCCUCCGAAGAAGUCCGAAACCGCGACUGCGUUGUGCGUUUGGCCGUUGAAGAGUAUGGAUUUGAGGCCCUGUGGUAUGUCAGCGAAGCGCAUGCGCAACAAAAACCAACUAUAAUGGCAGCGGCGCGGGCCAGCUGCGCAACUGCGCCUGGGGGAUUUGUCGACGAAGAAUGUUGGUUGUUGACCAACUUGUCGGAGCUGAUGAAUCGCGACGACUUGCGCGCCGAUCCUGAAUUUCUGUCCCUCAUGGCAAAAACAGUCCCCGUGCAGCUGCUGUGGAGGAAAUUUCCAAAAAACUUUCGUAGCAACGCUGCUCUUGCGCUGAAAUUCCUGCAGGAAUGCGCUCGAGCAGGUGGGAGCGGUGCAGUUCUUGAUAUGUGGAGAAAUCUGGGUCCCAGCCAGCGGGCGGACCCAGCCUUUCUCGCAGCAGUGGAGAGCAAUUUGCUGCCCAAUACAGGGCUAUCCCAGCUUCCACGCAAAUUUCUCGAUUGCCUCUUGCCGGAACAGCGUGCAACAGCUUUGAGCAUUGUCGCUGCCUCUACUACGGGGCGCGAUUGCAGAUUCUACUCCUUCUGGAGGUUGCCGCUGUCAUCGCAGAAAAGCAAAGACUUCUACCUUGCGGCUGUGCGUCAACUCUUACGCUGUGGCGACAGCCUGGGAAAGAAACGCUCGGGUCUCCGGGAGCGCAGCCGGGUGCCAUGGGUCCUUCGAGAUGAUAUUCACUUCAUUCGCGCCAUUGCAGAACUUAACAGUGAUUCAGCAGUUGCACUUGCUAGCUCGCGGGUGUUGGCCGACAAGGACUUCGUUCUUGAAACUAUCAAGCGCGUGCGCAUCGUUGAGAACGAGGACGAUGCUGAGAAACAGAGUGUCUGUUCCGACAAGGAGAAAGAUGUGGCUGCAAACACAAGUGCAGUUGAGCCCCCGCCAAGCGACGUUCGUCCACAUCAUCCCCGAGGAAUGAUCCCGAGCCUUCUGGCCGCCACUUCGCGAGCCAAUUGCCGAGACGAGAACGUGAUACGGGAAGCGGUGAUGCGAAAUGGCGAUGCCAUUUCCGAAGCCUCGUGGGAGCUACGGAAUUCUCUGGAGAUAGGGCUGCUAGCGGUGAAGCAGAACGGCCUGGCGCUGCGGUACUUGUCCUGUGAGCUCGCGAAGGACGAGCAAAUUUGUCUCGCGGCAGUGCAGAGCAACGGCUUAGCGCUUGAAUAUUGCAGUAUGGAAGUGCGGUCCUCGAGUCUUCCCGUCGCUCACGCGGCUGUAAAGCAGAACGCAAAGGCGUGGCGUUUCCUUCGGGGCGAAGAAUUGCUCUCAGAUCCGGACCUGUUCCGUGUGGCGUGCGCAGGACAUCCGGACUUCUUUUGGUUUUCGGUGGGGUUUAUGGAGAGAGACCCCGACUUUUUCGCAAGCAUGUUCAUCGGUGAGGGGGGCAACGUAGAGCUGUUGAAUGCGUGCGGCUUUUCAGACCCUUUGAUCAACGACAAGGACGCGAUGCGCAAAAUUUUGCGGGAAGAUGGGGAGGCACUAAAAUAUACCCCCUUGCGAUCCGAUGCCGCCUCCGCGAUGUUGGCGGUGCGUAGCAACGGCGCCGCAUUGCGACACGUCGCCCCUUCGUUGCUUGGAGGCAGCAAUGGGAGAGCACUUGUGCUUGCGGCAUUGCGAUCCAAGAACAACACUAGCCUCAAGCUGCUGCAUGCGGUCCCCCCAAGGCUAUUGGCGUCUGAUGCAGAAGUUCAGGCCGCUCUCGCACGCGCAAAGGUUGGCAUAGACAAGCACCACCAGGCUAUGCUUGAGCUUUACGGCCUUGCCGACGACAUGGGCGACAAGGCGCGCCGGGUGAAUUUCACUGCGGAGGACUUCGCUGAUCUCGCGGCGACAGUUUCUUCUUCGACACACGACGACAGUGCGAUGGUUUUGUAGAUGCGCAAGUUUGCUAAGUGCAGGUGACGUCUUUGCAUCAAGUUUACAAAUGCAUUUUUGAUGAAAGUGCCCGACGUAAGUCUUAGUCUAAGUGCGAUUGCAUAGCCGUUGAAGCAAAUACACCCUCGUCCACCAGAUUGCUGCCUCGUCCACCACAUUACUGAUAUAUUUUGUUUACGACUGCGAUAGCGGGGAAAAAUAGGAAU